AUGCUAGUGACAGGUUCAGGUUUGGCACCCAUCCUUAUACUGGAUGUCCACAUUUGCUGUGAACUGAAGAAAAGAAUCCAGGAGGCCGUGUCAUCGGAAUGUUGACUUUGCAAGCUCAGGGAAGACACAGCAGGGAACAGUAUACUACAGAGAGUGCCUGAAAAUGACUGCAAAGAGGAAUUUGUUUGUGCGGUUGGUGCCUUGCCGCUGUCUACGAGGAGAAGAAGAAACUGUGACCUCACUUGACUACUCGCACUGUAGCUUGGAACAGGUGCCUAAGGAGAUUUUCACAUUUGAGAAAACAUUGGAGGAACUCUAUUUGGAUGCCAACCAGAUUGAAGAGCUUCCCAAGCAACUAUUCAACUGCCAGUCUCUGCACAAGCUGAGUUUGCCAGACAAUGACCUAACAAUAUUGCCAGCAUCUAUAGCAAAUCUCAUUAAUCUCAGGGAACUAGAUGUCAGCAAGAAUGGUAUACAAGAGUUUCCAGAAAACAUAAAGAAUUGUAAAGUUUUGACUAUUGUAGAAGCAAGUGUCAACCCAAUUUCAAAGCUUCCAGAUGGAUUUUCGCAGCUGUUGAACUUAACUCAGUUAUACCUAAAUGAUGCUUUUCUUGACUUCUUGCCUGCAAAUUUUGGCAGGUUAACUAAGCUCCAGAUACUGGAACUUCGGGAGAACCAGUUAAAAAUGUUACCAAAAACUAUGAAUAGACUCACUCAACUUGAGAGACUUGAUCUGGGAAGUAAUGAAUUCACAGAAGUGCCUGAAGUACUUGAACAGCUAAGUGGUCUGAAAGAAUUUUGGAUGGAUGGAAAUAGAUUGACAUAUGUCCCUGGGUUUCUUGGAAGUUUGAAGCAACUGACGUACCUGGACUUUUCAAAGAACAACAUUGAAAUGGUUGAAGAUGGAAUCUCUGGGUGUGAAAGUUUACAGGACCUAUUACUGUCCAGCAAUGCCGUACAGCAGUUACCAGAGACCAUUGGUGCACUCAGAAAAUUAACUACUUUGAAAGUGGACGAAAACCAGCUAAUGUACUUACCGGACUCCAUUGGAGGACUUGUUUCCAUUGAAGAAUUGGAUUGCAGUUUCAAUGAAAUUGAAGCCUUACCUUCCACUAUUGGGCAAUUUUCCCAAAUCCGUACCUUUGCUGCAGAUCAUAACUUUCUAUCACAACUCCCUCCUGAGAUUGGAAACUGGAAAAAUGCCACAGUACUAUUCCUUCAUUCAAAUAAAUUGGAAUAUCUCCCAGAGGAAAUGGGUGACAUGCAGAAACUGAAGGUCAUUAACCUAAGUGACAACAAGCUGAAGAAUUUGCCCUUUUCUUUUACAAAGCUGCAGCAACUUACUGCUAUGUGGCUCUCCGAUAAUCAGUCCAAGCCACUAAUACCUCUUCAGAAGGAAACCGAUCAGGACACACAGAAGACUGUCCUGACCAACUAUAUGUUCCCUCAGCAGCCGAGGACUGAAGAUGUUAUUUUCUCUUCGGACAGUGAGAGCUUUAACCCUUCACUGUGGGAAGAACAGCGGAAGCAGCGUGCUCAAGUGGCUUUUGAGUGUGAUGAUGACAAAGAUGAACGGGAAACUCCGGCACGGGAAGGCAAUUUGAAGAGGUAUCCUACACCAUACCCUGAUGAACUCAAAAACAUGGUCAAGACUGUCCAAACCAUUGUGCACCGGUUAAAAGAUGAAGAAAAGGCAGAAGAAGCAAAUCGAGAGAUGAAACUAAAUGAAUCGCAGCCAACUACAAUAAAGGAUGUUGGUGUCAAGGUUAAUCUGACAUCGGAGAGUGUGCCACUUAAAAGCGAUUAUGAUGACAAGCACAUAGUGGGAAACUGCAUACAGAAGAACUGUGACCCAGAAAUGGAAAAUAAUAUUGGAAGUUCACAGCCGGCUACUCUCGUGAAAAAUCUUUGGAAUACUAAAACCGGUGUUAAUCAUGAAGACACGCUUGAGCAGGAGUCAGAAGACCUAUCCUAUGAUGAAGAAAUGAAAAUGGCAGAAAUGCGUCCUCCACUCAUCGAGACGUCAAUAAAUCAACCUAAAGUGGUGGCACUGAGCAGCAACAAAAAAGAGGAUAUAAAAGAUGCCGACUCUUUGUCAGAUGAAAUGACCCACAACAGCAAUCAGAACAACAGUAAUUGUUCUUCGCCAUCCCGGAUGUCAGAUUCUGUUUCUGUAAACACUGACAGCAGUCACGAUACUUCUUUGUGCUCGCCAGAGAAGGAGUCCAACAUAUCUACAAAUCUGAAAAUCAGAAAAGAAGAUGAAAACUUAAACAACCUUUUGCAAAAUGGUGAGAAAUUAGUCCGAGUGGAAGAAAAGGAAAUUACAAAACUUCCUGAUGUCAACACCGAGGAGGAUUUGGUCCUUAAAGAUAGAGUUUUAGCUAACAACACAGACAAAGCUCACAACUUAAAUCAAAUCAACAAAAACAUUAGCAGCAUUGUAAGUGAUGAUGCAAUGCAUUGCAAUGCUCUGGAAUCCAAUCCAAUCAUAUCCCAGGAAGAGGAGUUGGGGAAGGACUUCACAUACUACAGUGAGAAAGUAGAGGUAGCACACUUUGAGAACCGGCAUAAGUACUCGGAUGUAUGUGUUAUGAAUAAAGUCAAUGGACACUCUUUGGAUGAACCCAUGUCUCCAGAUACAAGUGACCCUGUCAGGAGUGCGUCCGAGGAUUCAGUGCCUUCUUAUGAUAUGUGUGUUUCCAAGAGUACGGACGAUCUGUCGCCUCAGCCUGAAGAUUCGAUGGCUUCAGUUGUGAAAUCAAAGAGUAUAACUAACAUUGAGGCAGGUGCACUUAGGAUCUAUGAUAUCCUCAGUGAUCCUGGUUCUCAGCAGCAGGUGUACCAUGGGAAAACCGUAACCUCUGGUGUCGAGGGGCAAAGCAUUGUCAGGAGCAAGUCAGCCACCCUACUUUAUGAUCAGCCCUUGCAAGUGUUCACAGGAUCUUCUUCAUCUUCUGAUCUUGUAUCAUCAGCAAAGAAAACGGUGUUCAAAUUUGAUUCUAACCACAAUCCCGAAGGCAUGUACCAAAUGAGAGGUCCCCCAAUGGCUCAGAUGAAUGCUGUCCCCCAGUAUAAUGUUCAGUACAGUAGUAGUGCAACAACCAAAGACAACCUAUGGUCGCAAAAACAAAGUACCCCUACUGAGCAAGGUAACGUGCCACCACCUCGCUUGCAGGUGGCGGAUAGCGUUGACAGCCCCAGUUAUAUGAAACAUUCAGCAAACAUGAAUUUCUCCAAUCAUAACAAUGUCAGGUCAAGUACUAUGUAUAAUAUGCAUCAAAGAACAGGACCCAGACAUGUUGAGGCAUGGGCCAUGUCACAAAACGACCGUGUCCUGCAAGGUGCAAGCCGCAAUACUCUUCAGAGACAAGGCAGUGUUUCGUCAAAUGCUUCUGUUUCACUUGGGGAUGUAGGCCCAGUAAGAAGAGUACUUGUGCCGGAAGGAGAUUACAUGACCUACAGAGAAAUACAUUCAAUGGGCCGACCGCCUCACAUGAUAGCUGGUCCUCAGAGACCAAUGUCUGCAAGGACCUACAGCAUCGAUGGGCCAAAUGUACAAAGGCCACAAAGUGCACGGCCUUCUGUUAAUGAUAUUCCUGAGAGAACAAUGUCUGUCAGUGAUUUUAACUACUCUAGGACUAGCCCAUCCAAAAAAACAAACCCUAGGGUAAAUUCAGAGCACUCAUUACUUGACCCACAAGGGAGAGGUAAAGUCCCUCACGACUGGAGGGAGCAGGUACUACGGCACAUUGAGGCAAAAAAGCUUGAAAAGAGCAUGCUGUCUAGGUCCUUUAAUUCCACUUACAGUGCAGCUAGCAGCUCUCUCUGUGGCAGCUAUAGAGAUCUGCAUGGCAGCCAGGGCAGUGUUGCCUUGAGUGUUGCUGACAGAAGAGGUUCUGGUGCACACAUGCUUCGUCACCCUCAGCAUGGCAGCACAGGAGAGCCAAGUCAAGAUGAUGUUUUUGCUUCUGGGCAGCAGAACUACUCAACCCUGGUUCGCAAGGAGAGUGUUACGGAUGGCGUAAAAAAGAUGCAUAUAACCAAUGGGCAAAUGUGCCAACCUUCAAGACCUCAAGCAAACUAUGGUCCACUUCAUCAUCACCCCGCCCAGCCAAGUGUGAUCCGUGUAAGGCUUAUAAAAGAUCCUGAACUUGGAUUUAGUAUAUCAGGAGGUGUUGGCGGUAGGGGAAAUCCAUUCCGACCUGGAGAUGAUGGUAUUUUUGUAACAAGAGUCCAGCCUGAAGGUCCGGCAUCCAAAUUGUUACAACCUGGAGAUAAACUAAUCCAGGCAAAUGGCUACAGCUUCAUCAAUAUUGAUCAUGGACAAGCAGUCUCAUUGCUUAAAAAGUUCCAGAAUGCAGUGGAGCUGAUUGUUUUACGAGACAACUCUGUAUAGAAGCAGAUAUCGUGGAAGGAGAAACCUGAAAAGCCAGCACGUUGUUCAGAGACUAAUUAGCAUCAAAACUAUUUUUUUAUGUAUAUAAGUGAAAGCAACUUGAAACAAGAAAAAAAAUACACAUGGAUUUUGAUAAAAAUGUACAGAAAGACAUACAUUGUCUGACCGUGUGGUUUAAAGGACUAGACCACUGUAGAGAAAAUGGAAACCGGGGUGGUAUACACCUUGCUUUUAGGGUUCCAACAUUCUAUCAGUCUUGCCAAUGAGAACAACCCUGUGUUGCUUUUGUACAGAAUGUAGGUUUAUUUUUUUGAAAAGCAUACAUAUUACUAAACUAUGUGUAUAUAAGCCUCAACUGUAGCAAGCAGGCAGAUGGCAGAACUGUCUUUCCUGUAGCUAUUCACGCCUUGCUUUCUCUACACCUGCAAUCACUGUUUUCAUUAAAAAAACAAAAAACACUUCAGUAGAUGUGAACAACUAACGCAAGAUGUUGGUUUUGCCAUGUGGAUGAGCAAAUAGCAUGUCAGGUAGGCUGGAUAAUGUAAUACAGUUUCUGAUCUCAAAUAAUUGGUAAUGCAGGAAGUAAUAGUACCUUACUAUGACGAGGAAUGCCUGUUUUCUUUUAAUUUUUUUUGUAUGGCACCAACCUCAUCUUUAAAUUUAUUGAGAUUUUUAGACGUGUGAUAUAUGUGAAGCACAUUUUAGUCGUUUAUUGACUCCUUUUUUUUUUGUGUGUGCUUCGUUUCCCAUGCUUUUGUGGCUUAAUUGAUCCUUGCGAGAGGGUCUUGCAGUCUACAACCAUCAAGCGGGUAUGAAGACCCAUCCUGAGAGCAUUUCAGUGGUUGUAGCAUGCAUUCCAUGGAAGCUCCAAACUGAUACUACCCAUUCCAGAAAAUGAACUUACUUUUUUAGGUGCCUAUUCAUUUUAAAUGUCAUGGUCCAAAAUUCUCCCUCAUAAUAACACACCUUCAGAAUCUUAGGAACAUCUUUGUAUGGGUUUAACCUUGGAGAUUCUUUUGGUUGUUUCUUCCUCUGAGGUCAAACCCACUUAGUGGGAAAGCCUUACUCAAACACCUUGAGAUAACUGGUGAUCAAAAGAAACUAGAUCAUACCAAGGAGAGGAGUUGUGCAGUUAUAUGCAUUGUUCUUGUGUUUACGCAUUCAGUUGAAGAUCUUCCUUUUUAGGAGAGGUAUAAAAAUAUUGUCAUUAUCUGAACUAUAGAAUAGCCUCUUGUCUUGCUAUAUUUUAAAGGAAAUACUGAGCAUCUAGCUAGGUAACCAAAGCAAGUUUCUGAAGAUGGGGCAACGUCAUAGAACAAAAAUAAGGAGAGCUUCAGUGAUUGGAGAAGGUCCUGUGGACCCAUGAGUUUGUAACAGUAGUGGUAAAAGGGCUUUCCUACAUGUAAUCUUGAAAUGUGAACUAGACAAGAUAGAGUCAUUAAAGGGUUUCUAAUUUUUAGUGAUUUACCACAAGCUGCCUUUUGUUCCUAACCGUUAAAUAUAUUUUUGUUAAUGGUUUGUGUCACAAGGAACAUUAUUUCAUUUAAUAUUGGCUCUCGUAUGAGUGAAUAGGGAUUGCAGUGCUUAUUAAUUCAUGGUUGUUGAAGACCAUGGAUAAGUGCCAUAGAAGACCAAUAACUGUUUUAUUUAGGGCUAAUGGUCUUUAUUUUUUUUAAUAGAGCAAUAUUAUAUUACUACUUUUUUAUGUUCCUUAAGAUGAGCAUGGGUCACUAACACAGCACAGUCUUGGCCAACCUUAUCCUGAUGAGGGAAUGUUUGUUUAAUUUAUUUCUAUUUUGUAGCCAAGUUAAUAUAUCCAGGCCGCUAAAAGCCCUGGCUAUAGGGUGUGACAGAUUAAAGAGGUAUUGAUUGCAUUAAUUGUUUUCAAAGCCAAAAUCAUGGUUUGGCAUCCACACCUCUAUAACUUUUUUUAAUUUUUUUUAACUACAUCUCCUGUCAUCACCUCUAGUUUGGGUGUAGGACAGGACAAAUUUGGUGGGCUAAAAGGAGAGGCAUUUAGCAAUGCAAAGGUUCAGAAGUGGCAGGCUAUAUAUACUUGCCACUCAGCCCUUGCAAUUGUCUACCAUGAUAUUGCACUUGGUUUUAAAAGUCCCCAAAUAUUUUAUUUGUUCCCUGACAUACUGUAUAUUUUUCAGAUUUUAAAUGAAACCCUUUAACAACUCUUUGUAUAUUUUAACUCAUUUUAGCUGUGUGUCCAUAAUAUUUACAUAGGAAUUGAUGAUAUUUUGGAAUAUAUUCACAGAAAAAAAAAUUGCUGUAUUUUGUUACAAUCUUCAUGCCGUGUGAAUGCAUUAAAACUCUGAACAAAUUAAUGUCAAGUUUGGCUGUGUAACACAGACCUUUGGGCUGCGUAUAAUUUCUCAUGUGGUUAGUUAAGAAGCAAAAAAUUGUUUAGUUUUUUUUUGUUUGUUUUUUAUUAGAAUAUAUUUUUCAUUGCUGUAGACAGUGAGGGAGGGAUUGAGCUCACAUCACUGAGAUUUUAAUGCUUACACAUUCUUUUAUUGAAUCAGUACAUUUGCCCCUCCAAGAAUCCCAACCAGUAAGUGUAAAUGAACAAGUCCGUUUCUAUCUUUUAUGUGUUAGCACAUUUGGGAAUGUUUGGGGGCUGUUGUAUUAAAUUAAACAAUCAAAUUAUUUUCCAUAUGACAAUUUGUCAUUUGGCAACAUGCUACUAAAUUACUUAAUUGUACUCUUCUCUAAUGAAGUCUCAUUUGUGAUGGUAUUUUGACAAUUGUUGCACCCCGUAAUUCAGAAAUAUAUUUAUAUUUCAUUGCUAUAUUAGCACACCAACAGCACAUUCGGUUUGGGGUAAUAAUGAAUUAAUUGCCAGUUAAACAUUAACUGAUGACUUGAUUACUGUAGCUGGAUUUAUGAGGACAUUCCAUUUGCUCUGUUUUAGCUAAAAACUCUGUCACAUUUCAACUUGACUGCACACUGCUCUUAAUAUGCUUUAAUAUGGAUGGAUAUUGAAUGUGGUUGGCAUUCAAGCACCUUACAUAAAUUAUAGAAACCGUUUAAACAGAAGGUGUAACCUUUUAACACAUUUAAAUGCAAUACAUUCACGGAGUGGUGUAACAAGAUUGAUUAAAGAACUGCGAAAAAAGCUUUUUUUAUGCCCCCACUACAGAGUUAUCCAGUUAUCCCUAGCCAAAGGCUUACAGGGGUUCAAAUUCAGUCUUUCUGCCAGUAUUUUCACGUCCCUAUUCCUAUCCUGCACGCUCCACAUAGCGUGCACCUCCAGGGGACAGGCAUUGGAGAGCGGAUGCUACAGGGAGCAUGAUUUUCCUCCUCUUCCACUAGCAACCAGGGAAUACCAAACAACCUUCUUUGUUAUGCCAAUGGUCAAUAUGCAUCAUUAUUUUUGUCACAAUGUGUCAUUUUUAGUCUGUUCCUCUUGGGACGAUCCCAUGGUCUUUAAAGUGAUACACAGUGUGUGAUGUGUGUGUAUAUGGUUUAAUGCUGCAAGUCUGCAUUCAGUGCAUUGCAGAAUACAGGUUAUUGGACUGGUUUACAGAAACCUAUCUAUGCAGAGACACGCACAUUGACAUCACGCACAGUAACAAAUUAUCCCUCAAUUUCUGAGGACAAGAAAAAUUCUAUACAUUCAAUAUCUAACGGUUUUAUUAAAAUAACAAAUAAAUUCCCCAUCUAUUUAUUAUGUAUAUAGCCUCUUCUCUUUUCUUUUGACUGGAUUUUCAAGGACAUUUGUAAAUAUACUUUUUAAGGCCUACUAUGAACUUGCAGAACAUAGCAAUAAGCAAUGAUUAAAUCAAUCCCAUCUAUUCAUGGUUAGAUAUGCUGUGCGAUUUUUAAUUUUAUCUUUUUUUUUUUCCUCUUGAAUUAUUUCCUUGUCAAAAGCUGUGUAAUGUUUAUGAUCAGCAUUUAUUCAACAUUCCAAUUUUUUUGUAUAUAAGUAAAUUGAUUCUCAAGUAACACAUGGAAAUUAGAAAAUAAACUAAUGCUCUUUCAA